GCUACGAAGACCUCUUCUCAUGUUCCGCCAUUAGCAAGAGGCUUGUGGUGGAUUCAACGCCAAAAUGCAGAUUUUCGUUAAAACCCUAACGGGGAAGACCAUAACCCUUGAGGUUGAGCCUUCAGAUACCAUUGAAAAUGUCAAGGCCAAGAUCCAAGACAAAGAAGGUAUCCCCCCAGACCAGCAGAGGUUGAUCUUCGCUGGAAAGCAGCUUGAGGAUGGACGCACCCUGUCUGAUUACAACAUUCAGAAGGAGUCCACUUUGCACCUGGUGCUGAGGUUGCGUGGUGGUGCUAAGAAGAGGAAGAAGAAGUCCUACACCACUCCCAAGAAGAACAAGCACAAGAGGAAGAAGGUCAAGCUUGCUGUGCUCAAGUACUACAAGGUCGACGAAAACGGCAAGAUCCACCGUCUCCGUCGUGAGUGCCCAGCAGACGAAUGUGGUGCUGGAGUUUUCAUGGCCAGCCACUUCGAUAGGCACUACUGCGGAAAGUGCUGCCUCACUUACUGCUUCAAUAAGCCUGAGGACAAGUGAGCAAAUGGACAGUAGUCAAUAAAGUUUUCACCACCCAAUUA